UACUGUGUGAUGUGCGACCAAAAUAGACUGAAGUUUGUGUGCGUGCUGCGUCCCCUUUGUUAAGUUUAUCUGGCUUUAAAUUUUGAGCGUCAGCGACACCUUGGUGUUUUCACUUUCGGCCGGAUUAUAAAUAGUUUUGCGUUUUCUUUCGGUAUUAAUAUACGCUCCAAGUCGUGCCAGUGUGUUCCCAGUAUAAAUACAAAGUUUUCAUGGAUCGCAGUCUAGACUCCAUUGGCAGCUGUUCACUCGAUGUAGACGCUGACUCCUCCGACAUAUCAGACACUAGUGACAGCUUGAACUUCCCUACCCCGCUCUCCGUGAAGGACAUAACUCGCGAAUUUACCGCAAACCUCCGGGAGCGCUGUGCACUUCGGUCGCCGCAGCCGCACGUUACCUCCGCCUACGUAGAUCCCGGGUCGACGGGGCUGGUGCGGAUGGUGCUAUCGCCUGUCGUCGUGGAGUCCGCCCGGGAACCGAGCGCCGAUGUCGCUGUCGUGGCUGCCGAUGGGAAUUCGCCAGAAGCCACUGCUGCCGAAAAGAAGCUCAGCUAUUUGAACCUGGCCUGCUGUGUCAACGGCUACUCCAACCUGACCACAUAUGACUCUAAGAUCCGCCAGGAUAUAAACAAGUCACGCGAGGUAUCGCCGAUUCGUCCCUCUACCAGCAGUCUGCAGUACUGCAAGCGCAGCCACUCAUUAGCGGCUCCAGUCCUGCACAGCAUGCCCUCUCCGGCCAGCAAGUGCAAUCCAAUUGGGGCCAACAACAACAGCAAUGGUCAUAACUUGGAUAUCGGAACGGAUCCUGGACACGCCAAUGAAAAUGGGAGCUUUAUAAAGCAGCGAGUGGAGAGACUUUACGGGCCGGGUGCCUUAGCCCAGGGUUUCUACAGCCCCAAGAAGCAUAGUAUUUCCUCAUCACUGGCAUUGGAGCGGUCGGCAAGGCAACAGCUCUCAGUCGAGUCACAGCAGGGUUCGGAAUUGGUUCGGAAAUUCAAACAGCUUUCGCCUAGUAAAGACUAUGGGGAGUUCCGGAAAAAACUGAACAAUAACUAUUCACAGAGUGCAACGGCGCGGUUGGCCGACCCUUUUCCUAUUUCAAUUAAAAGUGGAGAUGUGGACCUGCCCGUUUUUAGGCACCUUAGCCACGAGUUCCGAGCCCAGUUGCCUAUGGUAUCACCCAAAAGGGGUGCCAAUCGAUUCUCCAACGCCCCGGAGGUGCAGCUUACGAAUGGCGAGACGCAGUCAAUGCCAGAUUCUAGCCUAGAUGUAGUCGACCAUGAGACUCCGAAACUGAUUGAUUUGACCUCAGAGGAAUACAUCAGCACUACCAAAAUUCUCCUUGCAUCAACUGUUAAGGACGGAAACUACUUUCUUCAAAUUCUGAAAGAGGAACAAAUUCGUCUGUUGGCGCUGGCCGCUCUUGCUGACAAAUAUGCAGAUGCCUUGUCUACAAAUUUGGAUAUAUCUGAGGAUACCUUUGGACUACUGCGAUCAGCUUCGGGUAAAGCUCGUCUUUUGGUAUCACAGAAAAUGAAACAGUUCGAGGGCCUUUGCCACAACAACGUAAAUCGCUCGCCGAAGGAUGAGUAUCCAACAACCGCGGAUGAUUUACAAGGAUUCUGGGACAUGGUUUAUUUGCAGGUGGAACACGUUGACUCUAUUUUUAAUGAUAUUGAACAGCUCAAAGCAAACGAUUGGAAGCGCUUAGAUGAGCCAACCAAGAUGGACCCGGUAUCAAAUAAGAUUAAAUCCGCAAAGAUUGGAGUUUUGCAAGCAAAAUCGGCCGGAAAAACCCGUAACUCUAAUAUCAACGGCUCAAAGGCUCCUCCGCCGGAUUCGGCCGCGGCAUUAAAGCGCGAGACCCAGAGAAAACAGUUGCUUGAGAUGAAACGUCAGCGUCGUGAGGCUAUGGCCGCGGCAGCCCAAUCAAAUCAACAAGAUUUCGAUGGCACCAUUGAUUCAACGGAAACGAUCGGCGAUAGCUCUGUUAAUACUGGCGCUAACAACAAAAGCUAAAUAGUGCUUACUGGGAAUAGCAAGACAUGCUCUCUAGUUAUAAAUGUAUUUUAAAUUACACUCACAGCAUACUCGUACACUCACACAUAACAAAACCAUAUAUAUGCUUAGAAAUUCCUUGUUGAAUUAAUCCUUAACUAGUCCCAACUAAAAUUCUCGUGGUGGAGCUCUUUGAUAUAACUUUAUAUUAUAUAGAGUUAAAAUCUGUCACAAGGUGUCACAAAUUCAAAAGUUAACCUGGGGAUGAGAUAUCGCUGUGAAUAGCGAACAAGGCUAAUAUAAAUUAGUGUUCCUUCAUUAAAAGCGCCUCUCCGAAGUUGUUUAAUAAGAUAGCCUUAUCUACGUGAGAUUUCGUUAAUCAAUUCGCUGUGCACUUUAAAUAAUUGAAAAUUGUUUGCAAUUACUUGAUUACAUUUAUAAAAGACAUUUGUGCUGGUGAAAGAAUAUUUAAAAAAACAAACACCAACAAAUCAUCUGUAUUACAAAAAUUUAUCUUUUUAUAUUAAUUUAUGUGAAAGUACCAAAUCUAAAUUAUACUCGGAAUAUUUACAAAACUUGGAGUACUAGCUGUUGCAUAGAGAUAAAAUAUUUUGUAAAUGGUACAGUUGCAAGUUAAAAACAGAACACUCAUUUAAUUAAUAUUUUAUAAUAAAUUAUUUUUAACUUA